UCGACCAGCUGGAACCAAAAGAUCCUUUGAAGGUGACAGGUUGAAAUUAACCAGAGUUUGGAAUGCGAAAUAGUCAUGGUUCUGGCCAGGUUAUCAAGAGUUGAAUGAAUUAACAUCCAAGUGGGAAAUAGAGGUUUUUGACAACUUUAUUGCCCCUCUGCUGGGAGAGGGACUCUGUUAUCUUGAGAAGAUGCACUCCAAAUAAAAGUUGGCUGACCAAAUGGUCAACACAGGUUAUCACUGCUGUUUCCAAGGGUGGAAAGCUACAUAUGUUUUAGAGGUUCUUUCAGGUGCCUGUUUAAGUUUGUUGUGGAGAGUCUCUUUCAGUCUUCCUCUCAUACUUGGUUCAUGACAGACCGCCUCGCAGCCACAUGCGCUCACCACACCUUGUCCCUAACCCGCCGUGUGUGUGCCCACAACAAGGUGACCGUUCACACACAUCUUGAUGAAAAAUUAGUCAGAGGACAAAAGAGAGAUAAUUAAAGAGAGCAUGACUCGAGGAAUAACGUCAGAAGAGAUGGUCAUGUCUCAUCCAUGACUGUUGUCAUGGUAGAUUGGUCAAAAUUGCCGUAAAGUUGCAUGGAAAAAUAAAAAGUUGGACGGUGUACAACAUAUCGCUGGGUUUGCUUGGAUUUGCAUUUAAAGUUGAGAUCGCAACAUUGGGAUAUCCUGUUGGGUCUGAAUAGAAGAAGAUUCUCCUUCCUGAGUUACCUGUGAGAGCGCGCUGCACUGGUAUGGAUACACCUGCUGAGCACAUGUUCAUAAACCCGCGUACCCGGCCGAUGUGUAAGCACCAUGAACCAGGUUGAACAUUCAGCGCGCGCUCAGUAUGUGCCCGAUUUGUGCAUAGAGCUUGCGACCCGACCUAAAAACUUGUGUAGCAACGUGUGCUCCUUGCCCAGAGCCCAGGAAUUCUGGUGUGCACGCGUUUGCAUUGAGUGUCAUUGAAAUUGUCUGCUUGAUUGGGCGGCCGGUGUGAAAGCACACACACACACACACACACACACACACACAGGCGCGGGCACACUCAUUGGCGUGCCUGCAUGGAGAGCUGUCAAAUCAAUUUUUAACAUUUUCUACUUCAAUAAACAUCUUGAUGAGUUUGAAUAGUUUUUUUAACAGAUUCUCGAAGAAUUGUUACAUCUUUAGUAGGGGGAGAUAGUGAGAAAGUCAGAGUGAAAAAAAAAAAAAAAGUAAAUCAUUUUUGGCCUAAAGUGAGGACUAUUGUCUAACUUAGAGGAAAGCAUUUAUUGGUGGAAUGCAACCGUUUUCAAUAAAAAAAUAAAAAUUAAAAAUGUGAGGCCUGGCAAAUGUCCUCACUUCCAAAUUUUGACCUCACUUUGUUGGUCUAAAACUCUCAAAAGUCCUCGGUACGGGCUAAAUGCAGGAAAACACCAACAUACACACACACACACACACAGGCAGACACGUACACUAACACACGAGCAGACACACACAUGCACUAACACAAGCAGACACACGCACUAACACACACGCAGACACACACACACACACACCCCCACACACACACACACACACACACACACACAGCUGUGCAGCUCCAGCUUUGUUUUUCUCAGUUUGUGCAGGGAUGAGCACGGCCGCACCUUGUUAGAUCACCACCUGAAACUGGAGCUGCAGGUGUAUCAGUAAAGGCUUAGCUUUCAUGGUCUUUGUCUUUUUUUUUAUUUUUUUUUUUAUUUUUUAUUUUUUGCUUUGGCCUCUUCUUCUUUCUUUUAAGCACGGACAAGAAGGCAUCAGAAUAUUGACAUACAAUGCUGCACUAUUUAUUGUUUUACGUAAUACUUGUCACAGGAACCAAGGAUUUAUAGUCAGGCAGAGCUGAGGAGAUUAAUCAUCUGAAUCGUAGCUCUGGAUACUCCAAGUCCGCUGCCUCCUUUUUUUGCUUGUAGUUUCUCUUUUCAGUGAGCCGUGGAAUUAAGGUGCCCACAAUUUAAUUCCUAUCUAUUCACUUAUUUUUGGGAAAAAAAAAAGAUAACCUUUUUUUUAUAUUUGGGUCAAGAUAAGCCUUUCCCAACAGGAAUGGUCGGUCAGGCAGCCGUGCGAGGCCAGCGUGUGGUGGAAAGCGAAUGCAGGUGCUGGAACCCAGCCGUCUGGCUCCUGGUGUCCCUCCUGGGCUCCCUGGUGUUGUUGACGGUCAGUGUGUUGACGCGUCUCGGAGAAUUGAAGAUGCAUAAAAGAGCUGGAUCUACAAGUGCCAUUCAAAGCCCAUGGAGGACAUUAUAUGAAGUGCAACUGGUGAAUGGCCGUACCAGAUGUGAGGGAAGAGUGGAAGUGAUCUACAAUGGUUCGUGGGGCACAGUGUGUGACGACGACUGGGACAUGGUGGAUGCCAAUGUAGUGUGCCGGCAGCUGGGAUGCGGAAUGGCCAUGGCUGUAGGCAGCAGCUCUCAGUUUGGGCAAGGCACAGGACUCAUCGUGCUGGACAAUGUUGACUGCAGAGGAAGUGAAUCUGACCUCAGCCAGUGCAACAGUCUGGGCUGGGGUGUCCACAACUGCUACCACUACGAGGAUGUGGCCGUUACCUGCAGAGAGCCAAUCCCACAGGGUCCACGAGGUUUCGAAAGCCAUACCACACCACCUAUGGUCAUGUCUGGCAUACGCGAUGGCACCAUCCGUUUGGUGAAUGGGAGGAAUUCCUGUCAGGGCCGGGUCGAGAUCUACUACCAGGGUAAUUGGGGGACGGUGUGUGAUGACGACUGGGUCCUCAAUAAUGCUAUGGUAGUGUGCCAGCAAGUUGGGUGUGGUAAUGCCAUCUCUGCACACACUAACUCCUACUUCGGCUACGGAACGGGCCUCAUUCUCCUGGAUAACGUCCACUGCCAAGGCUUGGAGCAAGAGCUGAGUAAAUGCAAAAGUUUGGGAUGGGGAAAACACAACUGUGGCCAUCAUGAGGAUGCAGGGGUCACAUGCAAAGGAGUUACUACAGUACCACCAUUAAUCACAGGGAACCAAAGAACUUUCUUGGAAACAGAGAGCACCAAAGCAACAGAAAUUGUUCCAGUCACAGAGUUAACAACUACAACAACAACUGUUACCACAACAGCCCAAACAAAAGCCAAACUGUCCAUCCGUGUGGUGAAUGGUAACAGCAGCUGCCAAGGUCGUGUUGAGAUCCUCUACAAAACUGUCUGGGGGACUGUGUGUGACGAUGACUGGGACAUGAUCAAUGCUGUCGUGGUGUGUAGACAACUUGGUUGUGGCCCAGCUAUUGAAGCAAAGGCUCAGGCCUUCUUUGGCUACGGCUCAGGACCCAUCCUGCUAGACAAUGUGGAGUGCAGUGGUUCAGAGAGUGACCUGUCCCAGUGCUUCCACCUGGGCUGGGGUCAGCACAACUGCGGCCACCACGAGGAUGCAGGGAUCAUCUGUGCACCACCAUUUGACCCCCUUCUGAUACCAAAUGGACGUGACUUUAGAGUAACAGAAAAAGUAACAACCACCACUCUACAACCCUCUGAAGGAAUGCUGAGACUGGUUGGUGGGCAACAUCGCUGUGAAGGCCGGGUUGAGAUAUACACGAGUAGUGUGUGGGGCACAAUUUGCGAUGACGCCUGGGACCUUGCUGAUGCUCAGGUUGUGUGUCACCAACUGGGCUGUGGAGAGGCCACAGCUGCUUUGGGAGAAGCUUACUUUGGACCCGGAAUGGGAAGGAUUCAGCUGGAUAAUCUCAAGUGCACCAGUGCUGAGCGCUCCCUGCUGGAGUGCUCGCAUAUAGCGUGGAAUGUGCACAACUGUGACCACUCUGAGGAUGCUGGAGUCACCUGCUCACUGUCGUGAUUACAACAGGACCAACAGUCCCAUCUCUAGCUCAGGUUAGGACGUGGCUGCAAUGAAGCAGGACUUGUAAACAUCAUGUAAAUAACAGCAUUCACCAUGCUGAAGGGAUGCUCCACCAGCAAAACACAAAAUAAGUGAUGUGACGGUAUAUGACACACUAUGUAUUCCUAGUAAGCACUUUAUAAAUAUGAGAACAAGUUUUUAAUUUGUUAAAGACAAUUUUUAAUUGUGCUCCUCUUUUUUAAUAUUUACUGUUUUGAUACUUAAAUAAAUAAAAUGAUAUGCAUUUUGAAGAAGAGUAAAGAGUUCACAUAUACUAUCAGUAUGAUGAG